AUGAAAUUUGGAGCUCAAUUGAAGGAUGCGAUAUAUCCUGACUGGAAACCGUACUACCUCGACUAUGACGGCCUGAAACGCAAGUUGAGAAAGGCCGAAAAGGAUAGACCAUUCACUGAAAAAGACGAAACCGAGUUUGUCGAGAUGCUCGAUAACAACCUUGAAAAGGUGUACGCUUUUCAGCAGGAAAAGAUGAAGGAAAUUCGCAAUCGUACGGAUGAAUGGGCCAACAAGAUUGCAUCGGAUAUCUCGCCUGAAGGCUCCGUAGCUGAAAUGGCGGAAAUUCAGGAAAACAUCAAUGAAAUUGCUGACGAUAUCAAUCGCUUGGCUCGAUUUUCGCGUCUCAAUUAUACCGGAUUCCUUAAAAUGGUCAAGAAACAUGAUCGUCACACCGCCUAUGUGCUUAGACCCAUGUUCAUGGUGCGAUUGAAUCAGUGCCCUUUCUGGAAUGAAAACAACGAUGCUAUUCUCAUCAAACUAUCCGAACUCUUUGAUCAAGUACGCCGGGGCGGUCGUACCAUGUCGUUCAAAGCUUCUUCCAGUGUAUUAAAGGAGCAGGGCAUUAGAUUGGACGGUCGUCGUACCGUGGUCAAACGGUUCUUUGUUCAACCUGAAAAUGUCCUCGAAUUGAAAACUUAUGUGCUCCGCCAUUUGCCCGUCCUCGUCUACCGCGACAACAGUACCAAGAAAGACAAUAUUGAUCCUCCCAUUUCGUCCUUGUAUCUGGACAACGCCGAUCUCGAUGCUUACAAUUCACGUGUGGAAUCCGCUCAAGGGUCGGAAGUCAUUCGAUUGCGUUGGUACGGUUCUGCCAAGAACAACCGUCUCAUUGCCGUGGAAAGACGCGCACUCGCGGAAGAAAACCGUGGCGAACUCAAAGAUCGCUUCAUCAUCAAGGAUAAAUACAUUGACGGUUACCUGCAUGGUGAUCAAACCUUUAUCCAAAAAUCGGUGCAAAAAAUGCGAAACAGUGGUCGUUCCGAGGAAGACGUCAGCCGCUAUGAACACCUCGUCACAGAUAUUCAACGAACCAUUCUCGAAAAGGAAAUGCAACCCAUGCUGAGAACGUAUUAUAAACGUACGGCGUUUCAGAUUCCGGGUGAUAAGAGUGUGCGUAUGGCGUUGGACACGGAUUUAUGUUUCAUUCGGGAGGAUUCCAAGCUGUUUCCCAACGAUCCAGUGGUGCGACGAUCGGAAGGUCAGUGGCGACGUCCGGAUGUCGAUACCAACUUUCCCUUUACGAAUCUGAAAGACGACGGUGAAAUCAAUCGAUAUCCCUUCGCGACGUUUGAGAUCAAAUUGGAUUUGGCAUCCGAUGAAAAAGAACCGGAAUGGGUCGAGGAUUUGCAGGAAAGCGGCAUUCUGGAAGAAGCAUUUGAUUUUAGCAAAUUCGUUCACGGUAUUGCCGUCAUGUUUGAUACCCGGGUUGCUUUGCUUCCGUACUGGCUCGCGCAGAUGGACAGCGACCUGAAAGAGUUACCCGUACUUCCAUCGCAAAUCCCCUCUGUCGGCAAAAAGUUGCCCAAAGGAAAGGGUCGUGCCAUACCCUUGAAAGGUGAAGAGGAAGGACAAGAUGAACAAGAAGCCAAUACCGUCGAACCAGUGCAGUCGCCCACGGGUGACGUCCGCGUCAACAUGGGCCGCACGUCAGCCUCCUCCACCACGGGGUCCCCUGCUGCCGCUGAACCUACCGAACGUACCUCGCUUCUGGGACGUCAAGCGCGUUCGUCCACGACUUCUUACAUGGGAAUCAACCGAUCCGUGAAUGAACCUCACGCGUCUGAAGCAACGUGGAAGGACAAAUUGCAAGCGAUGCCAAAAACGAUUGGACAGACUUUCCACCAAUGGUUCGGUCAUCCCACUGCCGGGGCCGACAAAGCAAGGGAACCAGUGAUUCUACCUCCUGGUGUCAAGGUGCCGAAAAAAGUCAUUACGCCAUUGCGUGUGGAACCUAAAGUGUUUUUCGCCAACGAACGUACCUACUUUUCAUGGAUGUCACUGGGGACGUUAAUGGCCACUUUUUCCAUUGCGUUGUUCAAUGCCGGUGAUGCUGUGGGCAAAAUCAGUGGUGUCGUGUAUACACUGGUGUCGCUGUCCACGCUGUUGUAUGGUAUGGGUCUUUACUACCGUCGUCGCGAGCUGAUCCGUGCUCGAGCUUCCGGUCCCUACGACGAUAUCACUGGUCCUACUGCUAUUUGCCUCGCCCUGUUAUUCGCUGUGGCAUUGAAUGCCUAUCUCAAGUUCACCAUCCAUUCCCCUUCCUUAUUCUACCUUUAA